AUGACUGAAGCCGUUCAUGCUAGGAUUAGAAACAAUGAUACUAUGGAUACAUCAUCGGUCAUCAUGGCCACACGCAUUACCUUUUGGGAUGAUGAUCACUCCUUACUCUCUGCUUUCCCCAACUCCGCCUCCUCUGUUGGCAACUUGCUUAACGCUUUAGCAAUGGCUGCAGCCUCGACGGCAAGAAUGGCCUCCUUUUCGGCUUGCAACUCCAUUAACAUCUUGGCAAUCUCUCUAGCCUCCCCAGCAAGAAUGGGCUCGUAG